AUGUCCCAGCUCCUAACAGCUACUAACAUCACCCCAGUCGGCCUGAACCCGAACUUGCUCUUCUACGCGUGGAGGCUCCAGCAGACCCGCCUGUGCUCUGUCACCGUGGUGGACCCGUCCGUUGAUCCGAACUCCCCCAUAGCCUGGCGCUCCUCCGUGUUUGGCGAUUCCACCUUCACCCCAGACCAGCUCGCUCUGUCCGUGGCCCACUUGCCCAAACUGGCCACCUACGACUAUGUCAUUUUAUCCGUGCCCAAUUUGCAGCAGUUCCAGGACGCCUGUGUCCAGAUCCAGCCUUUGCUCCGCCGCGACGCCCUUGUGGUGGUGGAGUCCACGGGCUAUGUCAAUUUGGAGCCUUUUGUCGUUUCCAGCUUGCCCAAGGCCAAAGACCUUUCCGUGUGCUCUAUCAUGAACGAGAGCGAUAUCAAGAGGGCCCCCGGUCUCAACUCCCACGUGUGUUUCCACAGAACCUUGAGCCUGGAUCUCCGUGUCUACUUGGGCCUGUCGUCUUCGGCUUCGACCCACCUCAUCCCAGCCAAGGAGUCUCAGAGCUUUGCCAAAUUCUACAAAAUGUGGCAGUUGGCCCAGGAGGACUCCAAGGGCGUGAUCAGCUUGCUCAAAUCCACCAACCCUAGAGAGUUCAUGACUUACCAGUGGAAGCAAGCCUUGCCCAGACUCGUGUUGAACCCGCUUUCUGUUAUUUUCGAAGAACCCUACCCACAAGACCUCUCUCGCCAGAUCUUGGCCAAACCUUUGAUCACCGGUCUUGUUAAUGAGGUGUUCAAGAUCAUCAAAAAGAUGGAGUGUAAGCUUGUCAAGGGCUUCGAGAACGAGACCAACUUGAUCAAGAACUGGCUGGCCUACUUCCCCUUGCCAGAGAAGGCCAACAAGAACCUCCCGCCCUACUGCGAAUCCAACACCUUGUUCUACGACUUUUAUCACCAGCGUGAUGUCGAGGUCGAUUUGCUCCUAUUGCAACCAAUCUUGCUCGGUGACGAUUACGGCGUCAAGACUCCCUACUUGGAGAACUUGUAUUCGAUCUUGUGCCAGCUUCUCAAGAUGAACUCCAAGGACGGCUCCGCCUUCUUCACCCGUAAGAUGGAGGGCUACGAUUCCAAGAGGAACGAGCUCGAGGCCAUGACUAAGAACUUGAAGCAGCUUAACUUAGAGAAGUACCAGUUUGAGAACAAUUUCGAGGAGCGCCAAAAACUGUUGCAGAACGUCGAGAGCCAGAUCGUUCAAAAGAACCAAAUGUUGGCUCAGCUUCAGUCAGAUCACGAUGUCAAGUCGAAGGAGCUCACCUCCACUCAUCAGUCUCGCCAGCAGCAGUUGGCCGAUGUCAGUGCUCAAUUGCAAGAGAAGGAAUCUGAGCUUCAGCUGUUGCUUCAGCGCAUCGAGCAGGCCCGUCAGGAACAACCUCAGAGCCGUUCAGUGCAGCAGACCUCACCUCAAAAGCAGCUUCCACAACAAGCUCAGCAGCCCGCCCAGCAGACCGCUCAACGCCAAAUGGACGGCAAUGCUGGAUAUCAAGAUAGUCCAGAUUUGUCUGAUCUUGCAGACGUGGCCAUGUAUGGUGCCGCUUUGAACGGUGAGGUACCACAGGCUCAGCAAGAAGCCCAGAAACGCUUGGGUGAACGUGAACUCGAACUCCAAAAGAGAGAGCAGGCCCUUCAAGAAAGGGAACAGCAGCUCUCCCAGAUCCCACCCCAAGGCCAGCAGCCUCAAGGUCAGCAGCAGCCUCAGGGCCACACUCGCUCCAUGUCCCAACCUUUGGAUGAAUUGCAAAACUACAACAACUACACGAACUACACUAAUUACAAUGGUCACAGCAACGGUAAUGGUAAUGCCUAUGCUCAAAACGAAUUUGAAGACGCUAGAGAUAGCCAGGAGGCUGUCAAUAACAGUAAUGGCUACGCUCGUAACCAGAACAACGGUUACUAUGAUGCCUCUAGUCAUCCAUCUCACCCACAAACAUUCCAAGGUCAACCUCAGGGCCAACCUCAGGGCCAACCUCAGGGCCAGCCCCAGGGCCAGCCUCAAGGUCCUCCGCAAGGACAAGGUCAACCACAGGGUUAUCCUGCUCAGUACAUGGGACACCAGGCUGCACCACCAGCAAGAACUUCCCAGUCAUUCCCUUCGCUUAGCAAAUCACAACAAAAUGGGUCUUACGAAGGAUUUGUCGAUCAGAGACCCCCUCAUGGAUUGCCUUCGAAUGGCUUCCCACAAAGUGCAUUGCCUUCUACGUUGCGUAACCCACAGCGUUACCAGAACGGCCCCGCUCCCGGUCCAGGUCCUGCGCAACCACCUCCAAAGCACCGCAUGGGCUCUCAUCCUAACCUUCUGAUGGGUUACCAGCAGAUGCCGAUGGGUCAGAUGAUGCCGGGCCAAAUGCCAGGUCAGAUGCCAGGUCAGAUGCCAGGUCAGAUGCCAGGUCAGAUGCCAGGCCAGAUGGGCCAAAUGCAUUCCCACAUGGGCCAAAUGCCCUCUCAGAUGGGUAUGAACAAUGUGCCUAUGGCAGGCGGACAGAGAAAGGCCAAUCGUCGGUCUGCGUUUCCUCAGAUGGAAGGGGGAACGUUCAACAUGGAUUUCGGUGGAAGAGGAGGUAUGCCUAUGCCUGGAGCUAGCGGCGCCCCACCCACCAAAUCCAAACACCGCUCGAUGAUGCCCGGGCAAAUGAUGCAAGCGCAGCUGCUGCCUCCUCUUGCUCAGGGUGGUCAAGGGCCUCAGUUGGGUCAGGCUCCAGCCUUGGCUCACCAACAGCUGCUGGGACAGUUGAGUCAAGCUGGAAGAGGUCAGCAACAGCACCUUCGCCCUCCUCAGGGAGCAUCGAACCUGGGCUCCAUGACCUCGUCAAACACUAACGACCUGCCCAAGACGUCUUCCGCUGACAUGUCUCACGACAUCCGCAUUGAGGUGCCCGUGGUGGAGGCCCCCAAGGAGCAGGCUACGCAUGUGGCAGAAAAGCCCAAGAAGAAAAAAGGCCUUUUCGGCAAAUAA